AUGCUGGUAAGGAUUUUAGUGAAUUUUCCAUUCGAAGGCGAUGAGCGCAAAUUGGACAGAUUAUCAGCGCCGUAUACUAAUUCAAUGACUGAAACACCUGGAGCGAAAGACUUGGUCGAUCUGGAAGUGAUAAUUCGAAACUGGGCGAAACAGAUUUUUGAAGUUACCAAAACUCGUGAGGAAGCAAAAAUCAACAGGAAACAUCUUGAGGUGCUUUUAGCAAAUCUAUCAUGA